GGAAGAACUGCCCGUGCCCCAGGCAGAGCUGCCACUUCUCCCGGAGCCUGCCAAGGAAGGGCUGCAGCGGGAGCGUCUUGGUGUUUCGUGCUUCGUCUGUCCGGAAAUAUUUUGGCUUUGAUUCCGUCUUGCUCCUCCCGUCUUGUUCCUGGAGAAGAGGUACCGUCCCGCUAUGCCUCGAUACAGCCUCCACAACCUUUUGGACUGGGUGUAUGGAGGGGUGGACCCCAGCUUUGCCGGCAAUGGAGGGCCGGAAUGCGCCGCCUUUCUCUCCGGCCAGCAGCGCUUGCUGGAGAGUUUGGUCUUCCUCAGUGUGGGCGCCAUGGAGAUCCUCGUGUCCCUGUGGAAGCUCAGGCAGCAGCAUGUCCAGGAGCUGGAGAAUCUGCUGCAGCAGCGCCAGACUAAGCAGGAGAGCCUGGGCAAAAACCUUCUGCUGGUGCUGCUCUGUCUCAUCUUUGGGCUGGAGCUGGGAUUCAAAUUUGCCACCAGAACUGUCAUUUACCUCCUGAAUCCCUGCCAUGUGGUCACUAUGAUGCAGAUUUUUCUUCUUGCCUGUCCCCCAUGUCGCACUGCAAUGAUUCUCUUCAGGUUGCAGAUGCAUAUGCUGAACGGUGCCCUCUUAGCAUUGCUGUUUCCUGUUGUUAAUACACGCCUGCUUCCAUUUGAAAUGGAGAUUUAUUACAUCCAGCAUGUGAUGCUCUAUGUUGUGCCCAUCUAUCUGCUGCAUAAAGGAGGUAUUUACACCCCUGAACCGCUCUGCAAUUUCUGGUGGGCUCUUUUAUCCACGGGGUUUAUGUUUGUGUAUCAUUUUAGCAUCUUGCAGAUCCUGGGAUUGGUUACAGAAGUGAAUUUGAACAACAUGUUGUGCCCAGCCAUCUCAGAUCCUUUUUAUGGGCCCUGGUACCGCAUCUGGGCAUCUGGACAUCAGACUGUCAUGACCAUGACUCAUGGGAAGCUUAUAAUCCUGCUGUGUCACAGUGCUGUCCCCACCUUCAAGUGGAGCAUGGACUUUCUUAGGCUCCCAGCAAAGAAAAUAGACUGAAAUUUCUCCCCACAGAGUAAUUCAUACAGGAAGCAGAGAUAUACUGGAAAACAAAGAGGGGGGAUGAGAGGACAAUGGCUUUAUACUUCUUCCCAUAGUUUUUUGCCUCAAAAACACCUCUGUUAUGAAGUGAGGUUUUUUUUACCUGCUGUUUUUCACUGCCUAUUGCCAAUGGCAAAAUUAGUGGCCUUAUUCUGGGGAAGAUUUGUGUUUUAUACAUUUUGUAUAGAUUACAAUAGAAUCUUGCUAAGUCACCAUUUAAAAUUAGGCCAGGACCUGUCCACAUUCUAGCAAAGAGAGUGGCAGUGCUACCUCGUUUUCCAUUAAAGAAUAAUACACUUCUAGGAUAGGAAAUUCUGAAUUGUAGCACUCAACUUAUGUGAACCAACAUGCUGAACUGCAUUAUCCAGGCUUAACUCUUAAAGCUUGAAUGUUCCAAAAUGGUCACAGGAAAUGGUGCGCACUUGAUUGUCCUGUCAGAAGUGCAAAACAGUGAAGUUCUACUGUAUUUUCUAAAAGCUGAUUGAAAAAUGUUGGGGAACAAUAAGUCAAUUUAAAAAAAAUCAACUGCUUAAUUUCUAAGCUGCAAUGGAUAAGUAUCUAUCUAGUGAAGUCCCAUCAUGAUGCUUUGGAGAUUCUUUUAUUUUGGUAAGGGGGGAAAAAAAGAAUGUCAAAAUAAAUUCAAAAGACGAUGUUAUGUUUAAGCCAUGAUAAGAUAUUGCAUCCACUGUUCUGUCCUGACUUUGAACAAAAUGGUUUUUUUCACUUAGACUGGAGAAGGAGUGGAGAUACAAAGUCCAAUGUAACAUCAGGGUGGUUUUUUUUAUACUUAGUAGCUUUUGAAACAUUCCUGCUCUGUCUAUGAGGAUCCUCACUGACCAGACUGGUUGGUGAAGAAACCAAAUUAAACUCUUCUCUCCCUAUAGCUCUGCUAUAUCAUGUGUACUGACUUUAAAAUACAGGUAUAAAAAGGAAUGUCAAAUCAGUACAGGCCUCUACUGCAAAGAACAUAUUCCAGUUUAGUAGCAUGAGCCAUCAACAUGUCUUUUGGAGAACAGGAUGAUGAGCAGAAUGAUCAACUGCAUGUACCUGCUCAAAUUUUGCAGGAGGAGAAACCAUUGGGCAGAAAGAAAGCCUGACUCUGUUUGUCCAGAAUUGUGAGCCCAUUAUGCAGACUGUUGUGUUUCAGGGCUGCAUGUUUUUCUCAUACUGAAAUUUGUGGGAAUUUAUAGAUUCAUUGUGUUGUCAAAGUUGUGACUUGUAACACAAACCAAAACCAUCAUACCUCCUCCAGCUGGAUCAUCUGAAUGUAUGUGCUGAAGUUAAAGUACUGACAUUUAUACCUCAGGAAGCAAAAGUAGGUUGACUUUUUUUUUCCUUAAAAAAGAAAAAAAUUUCUUUGGUGAGGGAACAAGUGGCUACUUCAAAUAAUUUUACUCCAUAUGAUUAAAAAGAGUACACCUCAAUCAGAAAUACAUUGUCCCAUAUUCUGAUUUACAAACUGGUUUCUGGCUUUCUUCCAUACCUUGCUGUAUGUGUGUGUGUAUGUAUAUAAAAAUAUACUCCUAUGGUCACAACUUGAGAACAUGCAGCAUGUACCUAAACUAUCCAUCAGGCAUAUACAGCUGGUGUUAGUAUUACAAUAGAAGGACUUCAGACAAAUUUUGCAAAUACUUUUGCAUUAUUAUUUGCUUAUCUUAGGUGGCAAUUUUGUUUUGUUUUGUUUCUUUUUUUUUUUUUUUUUAAGCAUUAUCCCUUUUUUCCUCUGUCAGGAUAUUGCAGUUACUGGAAACACUUCUUUAAGUGGGAGCCUUUUCUUUUUUCCUUUUUUUAAACUAUACCAUGUCCUCUCUGUAAUCAUCUGCUUCAGGGCAUUUUACACAAGUAUAAAGCAGCUGCUGUUUGUCACCAUUGACUGCCUCUGGCCAAUUAAAACUGCAGGAGCAUUUAAAUGAGCUCAGGUGUCUCACUCAGUGCAGGCUCUUUGCUUGGAAAGCAGAAUUUUCAAGCUUUUCUGACUGACUUAAAAUUCAGUAGCUGGAAUGUGAACAGAGCUGACAAGGGCCAUUCCUGGGCAGUGGAAAGGGAUUCCUGAUGCAGAGCUGCUGGGAGUGGUUGCCCCUGCCCUCCCUCCCUCCCUCUCUGGUUGGUCACUGGGCCCACCUGUGUUUUUCCCUCUUAGGCUGUUCCAGUUGUUUUGAGUCAGAAAUUUGAGGUGUAAUUUCACCAUAUGGGGCUUGUUGAUGGAGCCGCUCAUCAGAGCCAGUGGGGCUCUUGUACAGUCCUUCUAAACCUUGUGGGCACAUUCUUGAGCUUGUUGAGUCUUUCAUACCAAUUUAAGCUGCAAAAACGUUUCUGAACAAGGCAAAAAAGUAGAGGUAACCAACUACUGCACUCAGUAAGGAUUUUACAAGUAUUGCAGCUGCAGUGAAGGAAUCAAAUGAUGCAGCUGGAGUCAGGUGGGAAGGCAGGCAGUGCAGUCUUCACCUUUUUAACAUAAGCUGUUGCUUCUUUGUUGUUGUGCAGUAUCAGUGAGGCUGGUUGAGUUAGAAUAGAAUCCUUUAGGUUGGAAAAAACCUGAGUUCAUCAAGCCAAGCAUUAACUCAGCACUGCUGAGUCCACCACUAACCCUUAUCCCCAAGUCCCACACCUACACGUCUUUUAAAUCCCUCCAAGGCUGGUGACUCCACCACUUCCCUGGGCAGGCUGUUCAAGGCUUGAUAACCCUUCCGGUGAAGAAAUUUUUCCUAACAUCCCAUUUAAAACUUCCCUGGUGCCACUUGAGGCUGUUUCCUCUUGCCAUGUUGCUUAUUUCCUGGGAGGAGUGGCUGACCCCCAUCCUCCUUUCAGGCUGUUGGUUCCAGAGUGACAAGGUCCGCCCUGAGCCUCCUUUUCCCCAGGCUAAACACCCUCAGCCAUUCCUUAGAUGUGUGCUUCAGACCCUUCCCCAGCUCUAAUGCUUUGCUUUGGAUGUACUCCAGAGCCUCAGUGUCUUUCCUGUAGUGACAGGCCCAAAACUUAAAAUUACUCCCUCCUUCCCAAUGCCCUUCUUUGAAGGCUUUUAGAACUUCAUGUUGGUUUAUGGUGAUCCACCACUCAAAACUGCAUCAGUGUAGCUGAGACAGACUCCACUGAAGGGGAAGGUCAGAAUGGGAGCAGAAAGAAAAAACUUUGGAAGCAAUUGAUAUGGAACUUGACAUCCUUUAUUUAUCACCUCUCUCUGGUAUCUGCUGGGAAUAUGUAUUAGGCAGAGCUUGCUAUAUGUGCAGGGAAUGGGAAAGCUGAGUACUUAAUCUCUACAGCAGUUGUUUAUUGUUUUCCCUGGCAGAGGCGGAUUUUUCUUUUCCCUGAAUGGUUUAUUUUAUAGGCAGUUACACUAUACAGAUUUCUUUGGUUGCUUUAUGUUUAUUUAUGCUAUAGAUGAAAGCACAAAACUCUAUUGCUGUUCUUGGGAAGUGAUUGCAUUCUCUCCUGGGUUGUUACACACUCAAUCCAUGUCAAAAUAACUUGAAGCUGUUGCCCAGUACCUGGUAAUGAGAUUUUACAGUGCUGCAGUGCAAUGCACAAUUGAAAGCGUUGUCCUGGGCCACCUGGUCAAAUGUGUUCAAAUGUGUCAUGGGACCAGGAAUUUCAGCAGCAGUGGCAGUAGCUGUGGGGCAGAGCAGGAGUGGGGCUGCACAGCCAGACCCACUGUUCCCAGCAGCAGCAGCUGAAGCAGAGUGUAAAAUCUCACCCCAGAGUGAGACUUAAUUUUCUGGCCAGAAUACCCCAAAAAGUUCUUGUGCAGUGCCACUGCCUGGCCUUCAGAGAUGCUGGUAUGGGUUAAGGGAACUGAACAGAACCCCCCAGUGUUAGUAUUAUAGGCAUUUUUUAUGCAGCCUUGGAGUAAGUAGCCCUCCAAAACGGAGGUAAACCAGGAACAUUUUUGCCCCCACCACCUCAUGCCAUGGCUUCAGCUGUUCAGGAUCCCUGUAGUGGUAUUUUUCCAGGGAUUCAAGACACUUUACUGUACAGUGUCUGAGCUGGAUCUAUUUGUAUAAGUUUCUCUUUUAAGCACCAAAUGAGAAUUUCCAUCAUUUCUCUUGAAGGGUGGAAACUAAUAGCUCUUGCCCAUGUGUUUAUAAAUCAAUGAAAAGCCACAGUCUAAGAACAUGCACCUGGAGCUGGUUUUGGUUCAGCUUCUUAGUUCAAAGAUUCUGCCCAUAAGCAAAGCUUGAGCAGCUGCUGCCUUGGUGAGCCUAGGAAACAGGAAAGGUCAGUCCAUUUGCAGUCCAGUCAAACCUUGGUGUCAGAGAGUACCUAAUUGUAGGUUUCUGUUUCUGGCCACAGAGUUUUGAGAUUUCUGUAUAUUUGAGACAAUUUUAUAAAGUUCAGUUAUAGUUUUCAGAAAUGGCUAUUUGCAACUGUUAACUGACUGUACUUUCAUGUCCUAAGUCUUGCAUCUAAACCAGAAGUAUUUGUGUUCUAUGCAUCCAUAGCUAAUGGAAAAUAGAAUUGUGGAGUUUUCUUCAGUGUUGCAAUUGUUUCACUGUAGGUGUAUCCUUAGAAAUUAAAUUUGGCCUUAUAGUUAACAAAGCUCUGAAAAAGCCAAAAGCCAGGAAGAGGAUGUAUGUCAGCCCUAGUAGGAAGUUUCUGCAGGGAGACAGGUCAGCUUUGGUGUUUUCAGUUCUACAGUGACAGGACUCAACAAAUCUGUUGAUUUUUGUGAUCUUGUACUUCAAGUGAUAUUGCUGUAAAUCUCUCCUGCAGCUGUUGGUGUAACUUAGUCAAAGCCAAGCUGUUUUAUAUACAAUUUCAUUUUUCUUCAGGGUCAAUUUUGUACUUUAAAAAUCUAUUUCUGCAUUUCCUGAGUUAUCCCAAUGCUGCAGAGGACAGCAGGGAGAGCAGUGAGCAUAUCCUGCUCCUCCCCAACCAUGCUGUGCAAGGGGCUGGGCUGGAUCACCAGGGACACUGCAGGAACCUGCAAGGCUGCUUACCCCAUGCUCUAGUCCCAGCAUGGCAUUAUCCAGGCACAGAAUGGGUUGGUGAGGGCAAGGAUGGAUGUGGAUGGGCUCAACUGUGACAUAUGCUGUUAGUUCUGAAUAAUUAGUAAGAGUGUUAUAAAUUUUGUAAACUUUUUAAACUUUGGUUAUGGAGGUAACAUUACAAAUAAGGGGUCAUUUGUGUACUUGUUUUUGUAUUUUGCUCUGGUGGGCUUUUUUGUUGUUGUGCCCUAAGUCCAGAUCAUUGGGCAAAUAGUCGUUAAACCUUGAAAUUAAAACAAAUAAAUGCAUUUUACUCAAUACUGGAUACUUUUGUUAUGAUUCUAAUUGUGCCCGGUCUGAG